CGCUCCUGUCCCUUCACCACGAAGCGUGGUUUCGUCAUCGACCAGGUCUGCGCUGGCUGACCAUGAUCUAGAUGCUGGAACGUGUUGCAAAAGUCGCUCAGACCCUUGGGUUCGUCCGGAGAACGCUACCCAAACUCCGUUUGCGACCACGGAGGUUCAGGUCGUGUGCUGCAGGCCUUAAACCUCGCAGGUACCCCUUCUCUGCCGUCUGCACGCAUCCCACUUCAGUGGAAGGACAUCUGGUCGCCGAAAUUUAAAUUUCUACCGAGAGUCUGUCCGCCACAGGAAACAAGCGAACUCCAUAUCGCAUGGCAGGCGGCCUCGAAUGCAUUCCCUUAGGCGACGACAGCAGAAUUAUGUCCUAACGGCCGCCCGCUUCCAAGCGGCCUGUUAUCUCGGACGUGCAUCGGCACCGUUGCUCUCGGUUACGUUUCAAUAUUUCCGCGAUUCACAACAAACGCUGCUGCGAUUGUCGCCAGAGAUGUGAACGUUGACGAGACUCCCGCGCAUUGACUCCCAGAUCAAGGCCUGUCCUUCAUCUCGGUCACUUCUCAAAAACCUGAUCUGUACAGGACGUCAGACCGUGGCAUCAACAUUCUCCGCCACGGCGUUGCUGCCUCAUUCCAUAAAACUCCCUGGGUGCGCCUCUAUCCGUGCAUCCGUUCACGGUCUUUCCGGGCAGCCCACCACGAAAAUGUCCCCCGCCAGAGUCCUCCCUUACGGCCGAGUCGAACCCGUCUUUCCCGACUCAAGCCUCGCUAUCGUCGGCAUAGGCGUCCAGUACCCUCCAUACGCCUGCAAACCACAAGACCUCAAGAAGCUAGCGCUGCGACACUACCGCAGAACGCCUGCACUGCAAAAGAUUCUCGCUAUCAACGAGAACACCGGCAUCGACACCCGGUCUGUCUCCUGCACCAUCGACCACCCUCUGCUCAACAAGCCCGAGCCGCCAACGGUGGACGAGCUCUCAGACUUCUUCCUCUCUGAAGGCGUGAAGCUGGCCGUAGACGCUUCGCGGAGAGCAAUAGAAGAGUGGGGCGGAGACGUCUCGGAGCUCACACACCUUGUUGCCACGACAUGCACCAACUCCGCCAACCCAGGCUACGACUACUACGUCGCGCGGGACCUCGGCGUGACCGGCAGUGUCGAGCGCACCCUGCUCCACGGCGUCGGCUGCGCGGGCGGCCUGGCUGCCCUGCGGACGGCGGCCAACAUCGCCCUGCUGGCGUCGUACCUCCACAGGCCCGCGCGAGUCCUCGUGGUCGCGUCUGAGCUCGUCAGCCCGCUUGCGCGGUCCGAGCUGGAGUCGCUCACGCAGAACCAGGAGCUGCGGAUCGGCGUGACGCUAUACAGCGACGGCGCAUCGGCGCUCGUGCUGAGCAACGGCGUCGGUGAUACGCACGGCGAAAAGCCGCUAUACGAUCUGCUGGCGUGGGACAGCCGGACGCUCCCUGAUACCGAAAAGGACAUCACGUUUGAUGUCCAUCCCAACGGCUGGAAAGUCAACCUCACCCCGCGCGUGCCCGCCCUCUCGUGUGCCGCCGUCCCGCCUCUCUUCAACUCCCUCCUCCGUCGGACACCGUCCUUCGCGCACCUGCCGUACCCCCCACUUGCACAAGACUUCGACUGGGCCCUGCACCCGAGUGGCACAAAGGUCAUCUCGGGGGUGCAGAAGCUGCUCAACCUCACGCCGGACCACCUGCGCGCCAGCUAUGACGUCUACAAGAACCACGGCAACACGUCGAGCGCGACUCUGUUCAGCAUCCUCGAUCGAUUACGGCGGAUGGGCGAGGGCAGGGAACAUGCCGUCGCGUGUGCGUUCGGGCCCGGCGUCACCGUCGAGAUGUGCAUCCUUCGGAAAUCCCUACAUUACAACCGGGCCUGCUCAUUGUCCUCGGAGUACAUGGACUUCUUUUCGUAACUGAACUUUGUCUUUUUAGUUGUGUGUUUGUUUCUACCACUAUUGGACUAGUCGCUAUACCCAUACCAUUCAUCUAGACAUCCUCUUGUUUACUAUUUUUAUUGUAAGAACACAUGUAUGUCACCAAAAGAUACGACGCAUCU